GGCGGCCGAGCAGGGCCGGCGGCAGCAGCAGCAGCAGCCGAGGCCGGCGGGGCGGCAGCAGCAGCAGCAGCGGGAGCAGCAGGGCGGGCCCGCGGGCCUGAGGAAGGGUCUGCGGGGCCAGCAGCAGCAGCAGCAGCGGGAGCGGCGCUGCGGGUCGGGCUGGGCCUGGCGCGGCGGCAGGCGGUGCUGAGGGAGCUUCCGAGGCCACCACGGGCCAAGCCGGGCCGGACGCCAUGAGCCAGGGCAGCGGAAGCGGCGGCGGCGGCGGCGGCGGGGAGCCGGAAGCCAAAGCCCUCCACACCAAGCGGCUCUACCGAGCGGUGGUGGAAGCAGUGCAUCGCCUGGACCUUAUUCUUGGAAACAAGGCAGCUUAUCAAGAAGUAUUUAAACCAGAGAACAUCAGCCUGAGAAACAAGCUACGUGAACUCUGUGUAAAGCUGAUGUUCUUGCACCCAGUGGAUUAUGGGAGAAAAGCAGAGGAACUGCUUUGGAGGAAAGUUUACUACGAAGUCAUCCAGCUCAUUAAAACAAACAAAAAGCACAUUCAUAGUCGCAGUACCCUGGAGUGUGCCUACCGGACUCACCUUAUUGCCGGCAUCGGAUUUUACCAGCACCUUCUUCUCUACAUUCAGUCUCACUAUCAGCUGGAGCUGCAGUGUUGCAUCGACUGGACUCACGUUACAGAUCCCCUGAUGGGCUGCAAGAAGCCUGUCUCCGCGUCGGAGAAGGAGAUGGAGUGGGCCCAGAUGGCCUGCCACCGGUGUCUGGUUUACCUGGGGGAUUUAGCUCGAUAUCAGAAUGAGUUAGCCGGCGUGGACACAGAAUUGCUGGCUGAGAGAUUUUACUAUCAAGCCCUUUCUGUUGCACCACAGAUUGGCAUGCCUUUUAACCAACUUGGGACCCUGGCUGGGAGUAAGUUCUACAACGUGGAAGCCACCUACUGCUACUUGCGCUGUAUCCAGUCUGAAGUGUCCUUUGAAGGCGCUUACGGGAACCUCAAACGCCUCUACGAUAAGGCUGCCAAAAUGUAUCACCAGCUGAAGAAAUGUGAAAACAGGAAACUCUCACCGAGCAAAAAGAGGUGCAAAGACAUUAAAAGGUUACUGGUGAGUUUCAUGUACUUGCAGAGCGUUCUUCAGCCAAAGAGCAGUUCCGCGGACUCUGAGCUGACGUCUCUCUGCCAGUCGGUCCUGGAGGAUUUCAACCUCUGCCUCUUCUACUUGCCCUCUUCGUCCAACACGAGCUCCGCCAAUGACGAUGAAGAGGAGUGUGAGAACGGCUACUCUUUCCUGCCAGACCUCCUCAUCUUCCGCAUGGUCAUCGUCUGCCUGAUGAGCGUCCACAGCCUCAAGAGGGCAGGCUCCAAGCAGUACAGCGCGGCCAUUGCGUUCACGCUGGCCCUCUUUUCGCACCUCAUCAACCACGUCAACAUUCGCCUGCAGGCGGAGCUGGAAGAAGGCGAGAACCCGGUUCCAGCCUUCCGGAAUGACGGCACAGAGGAGCCCGACGCCCGGGAACCGACGAACUCCGCGGAGAGGGAGCCGGAGGCGGCGCUGGCCAACCACCAGCCCGGCGAGGAGCAGCGGAAGGCCGAGAGCAAGAAGGGCCAGAAGUACUCGCGCCUCUCUUGCCUGCGUCGCCGCCGCCGCCACGCCCAGAAGGUGGACGAGAGCGACCUGAGCGAGGGCUUCGACUCGGACUCCGGCCCGGAUUCCGCCAAAGGGAGCGAGGCCUCCGAGUCGGGCUCGGAGAAGAGCGACGAGGAGGCCGAGACGGCUUUUGACGUGGAGACGGACUCGGACAUGAACAGCCAGGAGUCCCGCUCGGACCUGGAGGACAUGGAAGACGAGCCGGACGCCGACGGGGGAGGACGAGCCAAGCGGCUGAAGAACGGCGCCAGGGAGGCGGUGGAAGGCGAGGGGGCCCGGCUAGUGGACUUGAAAAGCCCUGGCGUGGCCAAGACGGAGGCCCCGGAGCCCGUGGCCAACGGGCCCGGCUCAUUGGGCCCCAGCGACGCCAGCAUAGCCAGCAAUCUCCAAGCCAUGUCCACGCAGCUCUUCCAGACCAAGCGCUGCUUCCGGCUGGCCCCCACCUUCAGCAACGUCCUCCUGAAGCCGAACUGUGAACUGCCCACGCCGAAAGAGCCGGCCGGCGACAAGCCCUGCGUUAACGGGGACGUGGAGAAGUCCAGCACGGCUGAGCAAGACGACGUUUCUGAGUCGGAAGAGAGCAUCUCCAGCAGCAAAUCCUGCCGGAACGAGCGUUCUCUGCAGGAGAAGCUAGAAAUCAUAACCAAUGAGGGUUUGCUGCCGACCGUCAAGGUGUUUUUAGACUGGCUGAGAACAAACACAGACCUCAUCAUUAUGUGUGCGCAGAGUUCUCAGAGUUUAUGGAACCGACUUUCUGUCCUUCUGAACCUGCUUCCGUCAGCUGGAGACCUGCAGGACUCUGGGUUGUUCCUCUGCAACGAGGUGAGAAGCAUGCUGCCCGGGUGCGAGCUGCCAGACCUGAGCGCCUGCUUGCUUCUCCCGGAAGACGUGGCCCUCCGCAACCUUCCCCCGUUGAAGAACGCACACAAGAAGUUCAACUUUGAGCAGGACAGGCCUGCCCUCACGGAAGUGGAGGAGUCUGUGGUCCGCAUCUGCUGCGUCCGGAGUUUCGGCCACUUCAUCACCCGCCUGCAAGGCAGCAUCUUGCAGUUCAAUUCCGAGGUCGGGAUCUUCAUCAGCAUCGCUCAGUCGGAGCAGGACGGCCUCCUCCAGCAGGCCCAGGCCCAGUUCCGCAUGGCUGCUGAGGAGGCUCGCCGGAACAGGCUGAUGAGAGACAUGGCCCAGCUCCGGCUGCAGCUGGAGGUGUCGCAGUUGGAAGGGAGCCUCCAGCAGCCCAAAGCGCAGUGCGUGAUGUCCCCUUACCUGGUCCCUGACACCCAGGCCCUCUGCCAACACCUCUGCACCAUCAGGCAGCUGGCUGCCAGCGGGAGGUUCAUCGUCAUCAUUCCGCGGACAGUAAUUGACGGCUUGGACUUCCUGAAGAAAGAGAACGCGGGAGCCCGUGACAGCAUCCGAUACUUGGAGGCGGAAUUUAAAAAGGGAAACAGGUACAUUCGCUGCCAGAAAGAAGUUGGGAAAAGCUUUGAGAGGCAUAAGUUGAAGAGACAAGAUUUAGAUGCUUGGAACCUCCAUAAGAUACUGGACAGCUGCAAACAGCUGACAACGUCUCAAGGAGGCGGCGAAGACGACACCACCGGGAUGGUGACCAUCAUCACGGGCUUUCAGCUGGAUGACCCAAGUAAACUUUCCGCACCCAUGCAGUCUGCAAUCCAGGCCGUGGCCAACGCCAGCGUCGAAAUAAAAAACGUUCUGGAAUUCUACAAGCAGUGGAAGGAAAUGGGUUGAGCAGAGAAGGUGCCGCUGGGUUGGUUGAAGCUCUGUCUCCCCGUCUUUGGACGCGCAGCGUUGGAACGAAAAGGAGUCGAACCACAGGCGAGAUUUGGACACGCAGCUGCCGCCGCCCACGGAAAGGAGCGCUGGGGGCCUGUGCACGAAACACAGACACAUCCCAACGCACUGCCGUCCCCUCCCCUCCCACAGGACAGGGGGGCGACGCCUGCAGCGGGGAGGGACACAGAGAGACGUAUCUCAGCCAGACCGAGGAGAGGCGGUCUCCUUUCUCCCAGCAGACGGGGGGCGGGGGGCA